GGAUUUAGAUGAUACGCUCGGCCCACAAAGUGCGAAAAAGCAUGUUACGAUUGAUUACCUUGCCACUUUGACAUCCGCUGGUUCGUCCAAUGGUGGAAAAUGGUAUCAUUAUUUGGCUUUUACCUGGCAGAGCUGGCCGCAACCACUCUCGUUCCUGCCGAUCCGGGAUUCCUUCGGUGAACGAGACCUCGGCUUCUUUGGUGCUGCAUGAGGGCUAAUUAAUCGCCGAAUCGCGUAGGUCGAAUUUGCUACACUCCCUACCAGAGAAAGACUGACUCAUUCAGCCUUUGAUUGAAACAUGGGAAAGAUUGUAAUUGACAAUCUGGCAAAAGUGCCUCGAUGUCUGAGCGAAUCUAUAACACGCUCGAAAGCGGAGUAUCGAAGGCUGGGGAACUCAGGCCUGAGAGUUUCCAAUCCUAUCCUCGGCGGACUGACUUUGGGCAGUUCUCGCUGGCUUCCAUGGGUCCUGGAUGAAGACAAGGCCUUGCAUAUCUUGAAGUCGGCUUAUGAUAGGGGCAUAAACACCUGGGACACUGCAAAUGUCUACUCAAAUGGCGAGUCUGAAAGGAUCAUCGGGAAAGCCCUACAGAAGUACAAUAUCCCUCGUCAGAAGGUCAUUAUCAUGACUAAAUGUUAUCGGGUCCUUUGCGACCCUGAAAACCAUGAUCCGGGGUCGACAGUCACCAUGCACCAUGCAUUGGCAGAUUCAAGCAUGGAUUACGUGAAUCAGUGGGGGUUAUCACGUACUGCCAUCUUCAAGGCAGUCGAAGGGUCACUGAAACGUCUGAAUACCAGUUAUAUUGACGUCCUUCAGAUACACCGAUUUGACCCAACCGUACCGCCAGAAGAAACUAUGCGCGCCUUGGAUGAUUUGGUGAGGUCAGGAAUGGUUCGCUACAUUGGUGCCAGCUCAAUGUGGACGUAUCAAUUCGCUACGUUGCAGCAUAUUGCAGAGAAGAACGGAUGGACCAAAUUCAACUCUAUGCAAAACCACUACAAUUUGUUGUACCGCGAAGAGGAGCGAGAGAUGAACUCUUAUUGCAACCUCACUGGUGUUGGUCUCAUACCAUGGGCUCCAUUGGCAUCAGGCAGCCUCGCCCGUGAUCCCAUUGAGAAGUCAAGCUCAGAACGGGCCAGAUGGAGCGCUCGUGGGUCAUUAUAUGACAAUGGUGUUGAGAAUAUUGAUGGAAUUAUCUCGAGGGUAAAAGAGAUUGCUCUCCAUCGAGGGUGGCCAAUGAGCCAUGUCAGCUUGGCUUGGCUUAAUCGGCGGGUCACCGCACCCAUUAUUGGGUUUAGCUCGAGUGAGCGCAUAGAUGAGGCUCUGGCUGCUCGUGGAAAGGAGCUUACGGAGAAGGAAGAGCGCUACUUGGAAGAAUUAUAUCUUCCCAGAGCCAUCCAAGGGCAUGAAUAAAUCAGGACAAAAUUGCGCAUCACGUGAAUUUACCAUGUAUAGUGUGUACAUUUUUCUUUUGUUUUUGAUACUGAGCGAUUACUCAAUAUUGCCCGGUAGAGUUGAGUAUAGAUCCAG